UCACGGAUCCUUCAAUUCCCCCUCCUGCUUUGAGUUUGACAUGAGAUCUCCCUGCUUGCCUUUCCUUGCUCCGCUUUGCUGGGAUUUGAGCUCUCUUUCUUGCGCUUUCCCUUUUAUUGGGAUGGAAACCUACGCAUCGCUGGUCGCCCUUCUCUCUGGUGCUUGCAGCAACUAGUACUCUAGUAGCGAGUCUCUUUGGCCGGAGCUUCAGUGGGUUCUGCUAGUAUUUUAGUUCGUGCAGUUUGAGUGGUUGCGUGGUUUAAUCGAGUAGGAGUAGGAGGGAUCAAUCCGCCACCAGUCUGUUCAAGAUCCUUGUGGAGCUGGUGCGCAGUUCCGGUUUGGCUCGGCGUACAGUAUUGCAGAGUUGAAGACUUGGAACUUUGGAAGUAGAGGUGUGUUCUUGUCAUGGAGCCGCAGCAGCAGAAGGGAGCGGUUUCUGCGCCGGCGGCCGCCGCGAACGGGAGCGGGGAGCUGAUCGGGUACGUCGACGUCCACGUGCGGAGCGCGCGGGACAUCCAGAACAUCUGCAUCUACCACAAGCAGGACGUGUACGCGCGGGUUUCGCUGCCGGGGGAAGGCGCGCCGGUGGCGUCCACGCAGGUCGUCAACGGCGGCGGCCGCAACCCGGUGUUCGACCAGUCGCUGCGUCUCGGCGUGCGCGCAGGGGACGUCGACGCCGCGCUCCGGUGCGAGGUGUGGAUGCUGAGCCGGGUCAAGAACUACCUGGAGGACCAACUGCUGGGGUUCGCUCUCGUGCCGCUCCCGGAGGUCGUCGCCGCCGAUGGCGGCACGCUCGCCCGCGAGUUCCCGCUCACCACCAGCGACCUCUUCCAAACCCCCUCGGGGUUCUUGCAGCUCGAACUCUCCUACAUCGGGGUGGUGCCUGAGGUUGUGCCCAUCUCGCCGACGCCGAAGCCGGCGCUGGCCGACCCGGAGGAGGCGGAGAACGCCGCCGCCAGCGCUGGCACGGGGAACGGGAAGGAGUACGAGAAGAUCGAGUUCCCCGACCUGAAUCUCGUCGAUGAGAACGAGAUCAUGGUCUCGGAAUACACCGGCCUGCCUUGCACGGCCAUGGAGCCGCAGAGCUCCGAGAGCCUGCUGACCUCGGAGGACGGGGACGGCGCCUCCACCGUGAACCACGACGCCGGCGUGCGCCUCGUGGAAAGCUUCUCGACGGAUAACAGCACCGCCGACUCGGUGGGCGCCUUCCGGAGCGACACGCCUGUCAGCAGCGUGUCCACCACGGAGUCCCCCGCCGUCGCCGCGGUCCCGGCCACCCCUCAGUCAAACUCGGAGCCGUCCGAGAACGCCCACUCGUCAGCAGAGCAGAAGGAGAAGGCGGUGUCGGAGGCUGCAGACGCGGAGGUCGAUUCGUCCCGCACCGUUCAAGGGAGCCGGGCGGUGAACUCGCCCGGCACCGUGUCGGAGACCGCGGUGGACAAGCCGGUGAUCAGCGUCAACAUCGAGCAGGAGGUGGUGGUCGACCAGAACCAGAUCAUGGACAUGUACAUGAAGAGCAUGCAGCAGUUCACGGAUUCGCUGGCCAAGAUGAAGCUUCCCCUGGAUAUGGACAACGGCAGCGAGAAGAGCGGCGGCACCGCGGCCGCCUCCGACGCAGACACCAGUGGUGCCGACUCGAGCGCGGUGAAGAAGCCGACGGCCGGGCAGCAGGAGAAGCCGUCUCCCAAGGUGUUCUACGGAAGCCGGGCUUUCUUCUAAUCUUGGCCGGCUGGAUCACCUGAAGCACCAGCCACCGAAAUGAAUCAGCAAAGAGAUGGCAUUUGCAGUCGUCUCAGCUGAACUUUAGUAGCGCAGACGAAUAACACCUUCUCAUGCUGUUCUAGAUUUUGUCAGACCGGAAUUUAGUUGCUCUUUCUUAAUGUACCAGUCAGUACUUGAUGAAAAAUGGUUUGGUUUCUUUGUUUCA